AUGCCUUGGUGGAAAGAGGUGGGGCGUAUUGACAGGGUUCUGCGGGACCAAGACUUGAAUGCCACCUGGGGCUAUGUCGUGUCGGAAAACAACCCUACGGAUGGUAUAUCACAGGGGGCUGAGGUUUUGCCGGCGGACAUCGCGAAGGGGUGGGGCUUGCGNAACAACCCUACGGAUGGUAUAUCACAGGGGGCUGAGGUUUUGCCGGCGGACAUCGCGAAGGGGUGGGGCUUGCGAAGGGGGGCGCGGGAGGCGCGUUAA